UUCCUUGCUUCACAUUGCUUUAAACUUCAAAGUAAAAAACAAGGAAUCUCUCUCCUCUGCCUCUCUCUCUCUCUCUCUCUUAUCCCUCAAAACAACUUCAAAGGUUUCUUUUAUGGAAAUCUCUAGAUCGCUCUUUCAUUUUUUUGUUCUUGUUCUUCUGCUUCUACUUACAUCUUCAACACCAACGAAUGCGAACGUAGAAGGGGAUGCUCUGUUUUCGUUGAGAAGAGCCGUGAAAGACCCACAUAAUCUUCUGCAGAGCUGGGAUCCAACCUUGGUGGAUCCUUGUACUUGGUUUCAUGUCACUUGCGACAGUGAUAAUCGAGUCACUCGAUUAGACCUAGGAAGUGCGAAGCUGUCUGGAAAUCUAGUGCCUGAACUGGGGAAGCUUGAACGGCUUCAAUAUUUAGAACUGUACAUGAACGAACUGGUGGGUCCAAUUCCAGAGGAAUUUGGAGGACUGAAGAGCCUUGUAAGCUUGGAUUUAUAUCGCAACAACCUCACUGGGACCAUACCUUCUUCACUCUCCAAGCUUUCCAACCUCAAAUUCCUGAGAUUGAAUGGUAACAGACUGAGUGGAAGAAUACCAAGAGAACUAACCAAACUUGGAAACCUAAAGAUCAUUGAAUUGUCAGACAAUGAUUUAUGCGGUACCAUUCCUACCUCAGGCACCUUCUCCAAGUUCUCACAAGAAAGUUUCAGUAACAAUCCAAGACUUGAAGGACCAGAGCUUAUGGGUUUUGUGAGAUAUGAUGUAGGAGGGAACUGUAAAUGAUGUCAGUGUUCUCUCUCUGUAAUGAAAAGAAUAUGAAUGAAAUACAAAAUUCCUCAGAA